GACCAAUAUCGGUGAAAACUUCAUCACUGAAACGAAAAAACUAUUCUCCUAUUUCCAUUUGACAAUUCUCCAGAUCAAAUGAUCUAACUGACAGACUCAAAAAAGUCUUGCAUGAAUUAUUUACCGCCUAAAGAAACGUUAAUGGCCAUUUAACGCCGUUGUAUUGGUCGGUCACGCUUAGAGCUAACAAGCACCCUUAAAAAUACUACAGCAUGCCUGUGACAUUUGUAAACCUUUUAAAAUAGCUUAUGUUUGGUGCAUAGCUUCAGGCUAAAUAGCUUUCAUUAUGCAUAAUAAUACUUCACCAUGCCGCUUUUUGAUGUUAGACUGGUAAAAAUACACUUCACUUCAAAAUAUAAAACUUCAGGCGACUAAACGGAUAGUUGAGUCUCGAACUCUAUCGGGGUAAUUGAGAGUUGUCCUUUAAUUCAUCGGCCGCAAGAAUGUAUACCUGUAUGACAAAAUCUGACCAUGCGAGCUUACUGCUCGAAGUGUAAACAAGCGUGUCGUGACUGCAAAAGAGUAGAAAGAAAUCUUAACUUCCGUUUCUGACACCCAGUGUCGAUUUCGAAUCAGAUUAUGCAGUUCUAAAGUCUGUCGAUGAAACCUUAGUGUGUGACCGUUAAAAUGAAAGUCUGCUCAUGGAGCAGGACUUUCGUGUGGAUCUGUUUGUUUGGAGCAGACACUUUUCCAUUCGAACGCAUCGUACCGCAUUGGAAAUUUUAUUUUAAUUUCCUGGAGCCAAUCCUAAAGAAACAUUAUCCUAGGAGACGGAGAAGAUAAAGUGGUUAUUUUUCCAUGGCGCUACAUCGUUCAUUCAUGAUAAGAUCCUAGAAAAUCAACAGGAAGCUGCCAAACUCAGUUAAGACUAAAGCGUGCCGAUUCAGACAAUGUUGCGAUACAUCAGUUUCAGGUAGUGUCGUGAAGUCUCAGCAAGGUCUUUGCCUAAAAUAUUGGGUCAAAAUAAAGGGAAUAGAACUCCUUUUUGUCCUCAAGCAACCUACAAACAGCCUGUUGUUUUGAAAAUCGAGUUGAUUUUGCUAUCAGAGCCACCUGUUAUUAACAUUUUUUUAUGUCGUGUUUCGCCGUUAAGGCCUUUGAUUCCUGAUGAAGUGAAUAAAUGGUUUCUGUGUCACUCGCUCUUUGUUCAUUUUUAACACCUGUAGAAUACCCAAUUCAUACAAGCAGGUGAAUCGAAACAACACACUCCCUGGUGGGCAAAACUUCUGAAACUUCAAUUCGCGCUCUACUUCUCCAAAAUAAAAGUAGAAAAGUUACUUUGCCUGCGAGUAUUUCCACGAAAAAGUCUCCAAUGUGUCGCGUAAUUAUAAGCUAUUGUAUUUAAAUACUUUCAAGCUUUUGAAGACGUAACGCAUUUCAAAUGUAUUUCUAUUUUAGCGACGUUUUUGCUUUUAGUUUUCCUUGCUUCACUGGCAUUUUUUCUUCACCCGUCAACCCAUUCAAUUUUAUAAAUGACAGCAUCUUUGAAGGUUGAUAGUUAUGUCUGAAUUUUUGUUUCUAAUUUUCUGCAGUCUGACCAUAGUUACUAACUACUAACUAUGGUCUGACAUGAUCUAUUUGCUUUUAAACAAUGUCACACCGCAAGUGCACUUCAAGCGAUAUUUCAAGUUCGUGUGUGAAUCGACGCAUGACCAAAACACACUUAUUCUUAUCAACGGCUUUUUGGAGCCUUUUGUGAGCGCACGUUUUGACUACACCGCAUUUAAAUAAGAAAAGUGACUUGAACUCUUUAUUUACUGGAGCGCAAGUUUGAAAACCCCAAAGCGUCGUAGCUAAAGACUUUGCUUUUGUUCUGUGACAGUUUGAGAAAAAUCACCGCCUUAAUGCCCAAAAAGGCGUCUGCAUAUCGUUAAGCCGUACACUCCAUUGUCUGCGCGGUGGCAACGAACUCGAGGCGAAGCAGCAGGUCAGUUGGUAAAAUUUUACUCUCGCUUCUCUACGCCGACUGGCUGGAAUCUGAAGGGUUUUUUGGAAGAUCUGGCGAGAGAACGAUAGAAGAAAGGUCACAGUGCAGGGAGAACAAAUUUACAGCUUCAAAAGAUCCCGAAAGUUGAAAUAUUGGUCGCUUGAAACUGGUAUAAGGUAUAGUACAAUUUUCCUGUUGAAUUCAACGGGCACACUUUUGCUAUUAAUCUUGUUGUUCAGUGUCUUUCGCAGCCACGUUCAAUGUUUAGUUCCAAUAGAUUUCGACGAAGAAAUUUAUUUAGCUGUGUAAAUCACUUGUAACACUCUUUUUUGUCUUUGAAUAGUGUGUAAAGUCUCACGCUGAUAGCAAUAAAUCGAAUGGUAGAUUACGGAUUUUAGCCAUGCAGGAUUCGCUCGAACAUUCAGCAAAAAGCACGGCAUCAAAAAUCGUAUACCAUGUAAAAUGACGAUGUUUUAUUUUGCGUGGGAAGGCCACAAUGUUUGCUUAAAGAUCUUCCGUGUACUUAAUUAUUGAACUUCAUUCUUACACCUUUACUUUGAUCUUUUUUGCAUUUGGACACGAAAAUUACCAACGCUGUUUUCUGAAGCUUCCUGCAACGAAACUAACACCUUAAUGAACUUCGAUUUUGGCGAAUUGGGUAAAGGCUAGAAACAGCGAAGGCAAUUUUCGCACACUGAAGCAACAAUAUUUACAAGUAAAAUCUAAAUAUUUCUAGGUUCACCGGAUUUCGCGAGCAGCGAAGCAUGAAGACGAAUGAAACACAAUAGCAGUUUUUAAACAACUGAAUUUACGUUGUGGGCAAACGGUCUUGAACAGCAGUUGUAAUAACUUCGAGCAGUGUGUGUGUCAUGUCGAACAUAAAUUAGCUAUGUAGUUAAACAUAUGAUUUUGAAUCGCGGUUCUAGGUUCGCAACAACAGAUCAAGAGCCUAGGAAAACAAAUCUCAAAGUCGUAUUUGCCAGUUUAAUCGGUGAAGGUGUUACAUUCAAAAGGGCAUCUUGUCGUGUAUGCCUUCGAAAUGAGCUUGUCUUUCGCUUCAAAAUCCCGUGAAAUUUGUGAUUUUAUCCCGCAAAAUGCUCAGGCUUCCCUGUAUAAAGGUCUGUAAAGAACUUUUAUUUUAUUCGGGUAUCAUAAAACAACAAGAUGUGUAAACAUAGAUGCAGAUUGAAUAGAUUUGAAAGGAGGCUCACGAGUGUAUAUAUCGCUAGAAGGAAUCGAGAGCGGAAAGCAAUACACGUAUUCGUGGAGAUUUCAGAUAUUGCUCUAAUUUUAAAAUUGCGUGUUGUUUAAGUACUCUUUAAGCAAAAAGUCAGUGAAAUGAAUCCGAAAUAGAACACAAUGCCAAUUUCAUGCCGAAAGCUCGAUCUCUCAGAGAAAUGACACAGUGAUUAAUAAGUACCUUUUAUGAAGGUGAAAGUUAAAUCUAGCUAGAGUCAAAACUAAAGGAUAUUUUUACACUUUCACAAAAUAGUAUUGAAGGACCUAUUCUGAUGUGGUUGAAAUUUGUAAAAUAUCGGACGUUGCUAUAAUUUGCAUGCUAUUGUUGAUUCUCCACUUAUUUCCUCUCUUUCUGCGCUUUUAUGGCCCAUAUUUCCUGUUUGCAAGAGGUAAGAAUUAGUUUUGAAGUCUGGCGCCGGAAACCCGUUUGUAAGACAUUUCCCACAGACUGCAUGGCGUAGCAAUGUCCAUUUUUGGCGUGCAAGGAAAAUACUAUUUCCUUUGGUUCAUUUAUUUAUUGGCUGGCAACACUAUGUCAUUUUAUAGCGACUACAUAAGUAUGGCUCUAAAAUGUUAAAUUUUCCAUUCUAGCUGUCGCUAGUAGACAGAUCUUUUCUAGAAAUUUCCGUUUAGACCUCACUGGGUUUUCACUGCAUCCUUUUGAAUAGAGAACAUAACAAACCUCUGAGGUCAACAUUUGCAAGAAGUUUACAAAGGCUAAAAAGGCCUGCAGCUGAGAAUUUUCUCGGGGUGAAUAUUUAUAAUCACGCAAGACAAGUUUAAAAAUGUGAAUCAGCUAAGCUGAUGUUUGUUUAAAAAGAAGAUCAUUCUUAAAUUUGCUCUGUCUAAACUUUUCUUAACUUGAUGCAAAUUUGAAAUUUAGAUGAAUGUCCACAACCACAACAUUGAAAAAUCUUUUUUCUUUGUUUCUUUUUGUUAUAAUGCAUUCGAGAAUCUCAAUGCAAACGCGAAACACUGUUCGAAGUCAAAGGUAUUCCUUCAGCUGCUUUCAAACUUAGACCGUCAUUUGCAUUUGUUUCUAUAUUUCUAUUACAUUAUUGCUAAUACAGUAUUCAUUUAUACUCACUUAUGUUAACACUUGAAAUGGAUACAUCAAGUUCGGUGUCUUUUGUUCUACUCCACUUUGGUCUCUUUUUAGAACCGCUCAAUACUAGGAAACAUACAAGUAUGUAAAGCAACACACCGUAACUAAAAGCAUUACAACUUAAUUAAUACCUACCUUGUUGAACCAGCGCACUAUCGACGAGUGAUAUUUGAACUGAUGAAGAAGUUUCCUUUCAAAAUGUCGCCAUCUUGUCUCUCGCGCGCUGCGAAUGAAUAUCAGUGCAUUUAUCAACCACGAUUGAUUUUAGCUGUGUUUCUUUCUUACGAAUAAAACUCAUGACCAUGUUUAUCCUACUUCUCUUCCGCGGCUUCUUUUAUGAGGCACAAAUUCCAAUUUACUCGGCUCAAAACAAGGUUUUCUGAUAACAAUUUGUGUUCCCGCCAAAAUACUUAAGUUACAAAUUUAAGUGGUUCUUGUAUUGAGCAACAUUUCGCCGCCGCGCUUCUUUCACGGAAAAAAGAGGUACUUUGAGUAUUCGAAGGAAGCGAUGAGUUUUAUGACUGACGAUGGAUACUGCAAGAGAUAAUUUGACGAAAGUUUCAAAAUCUAGAGAUUGCAGUUAUGGUCUUUACUGAAACAAUGAACAUUACAGUGUUUGAAAUAUUAAGACUGGCUUUCACUUCAUGUUUUCGCUGCCUUCUUUCUCAUGGCCAACAUUUCAUAAACGACAUGUGUCAUGUUAUAUCGCAUGGUGGUGAAAAUCUAAAGAGGGAGAUAAUAAAUCAAAAAGGAGCAUGUGCUGGACUGAGACGGUUUACGAAAAUUCGCUGGCUAAUAUAAUGUAUGUAUGACGUGGCAUGGCACUAUAAGAAAUCAUAUAAGAAAUAGUCCAAUCGCUCUUUGUUAGAUACAAAUAAAAUGUUCUGAAUUUUGAUGUACUUAAGAACCAAUCACAGGAAAGCACUAAGAACACUGACGAAUCAGGAGUGAAUGAAAAAUAAGGUUAUCGCAAGUGUAUACAGCCAGACGAAAAUUAGCACAUGUGAGUUUCAAACACCUUUGUUGGUAUACGCCUUGUCCAUAUUAGAAAAAUACCGCCGACUGGUAUCUCUCUCGUACAUUGUGUUCAGUUUGAAGUUAUUUUAGUUUUUAUAAUGGCUUUUCUAGCUCUCAGUUGACUUUUUAUUUCUUUGAGUUGGUUAUAAUAUUAUUUUUACUCGAAUAUUGGCUAUUUAUUUUGCUAUCAGUGGCUCUUUCUAUUUUCAGACUAUUGCCACUUGUCUGUUCUUAGCGGAGUUGACGUUUGUUUUGACUCUCAGGCCCCUUUGAUUUUCCUUUCGCGCUAUUUGUAAGCUUCGUUCCAAAAAGCCACCCACGUUUAUUAUAUCUUGCUUGCGAAGCUUUUCUGUGUGUGUGGUUAUUUGUCUUAUCUCCUGCCUUUUCUUCAGUUUUGAAUCUUGUGGUUCAAGUGAUGAAGUAGAUUUCCUUUUACGACCCACACAAAUAAUGUUAUUGCACUCUCCCAGGCAGAAUUGCUUAUUUCCUGUCUUGUGCCGUAAUGCUUGUUUUGUUUUAUUCCAUUUCGGAAAUGGUCACCGAGUGACCUUCUCAAUUCAAACAAAAGUCAGGAACUCUGUUAUCACCCAGAUCAUACAAAUGGGUCCCUUAUAACUUGUUUACACAACUCACUUAAAAAAAUGAUAUUAAAUUUAGCAUUCUGUUUUCUUUGAAGCGUUUUUAUCGAUACGUAACAAUUUUUUGUCUAUUCUCCUGAUCACUUGAAGUCGCGGCAUGUGAAAAUUAGUUUGAACAGAUCGGUUUGAUCGUCGGCGCCAUUUUGACAAUGAGAGAAAUUUUUGAACAAUGGAGGCGCUACUUCUCAAAGUAAUCAUAACUGAUUUCAGGAAACCGGUUUGGAGUAUAAACAAAAUCUAUUGCUUCGUUAUCUGCAAAAAGAAACACAGACGGUAGAUUUUGUGAGGUUUUGGAAAGUACAGCACGAGAAGCUUACUUAUUUUUCUGUCACGGAUAUGGCCGUGACACAAUUUGUUUUGGAAUUGGUAACCUGAAAAUACGAAAAAAAGGCUUGUACUGUACUCUCCCGAAAUUCUGUGGACUUGCAAUGGGAAAGUAAUCGCCAUUUUGUUGUUUCCGAUAUACCUUAGCAGAUUUCAGUAGUAAAUUAAAUCUAUCUUAUUAUGGAGUACAAUCGAACUUCAAAACUGGAACAAAAUAUUUUCUUUGUAAUGCGUUCUUUCCGAUAAGAAUGUUUUGUUACCGGGAAAGGCGGAACCGCAACACCGUUGCUUUAAAGGCAGCCGCAUCUCGAACCUCUUGUCAUAAAUAUUGAUGAGAAUUAACCGCUGAGCGAGCGUUAUCAAUCCAAAAAAACGUUUAUCUUUUUGAUCUCUCACUCAAACUUGCUGGAAAGUGCCUGGUUAUUUGUGCGUGGUUUGCAGCAAGAAGUUUAGUCACACUUUGAAGUUAGAGGUACAGCUCGUAAACCGGUUGUAAUGAUAAUACAGGUUAUUUAUAGCUUGAAUUCUAACAAUGUUAUAUACGGUGCAGCUGUUAAAGUAACAACUGUUGUAAACAGCUUAAUUCGAAUUCUCAGUUUUUCCGCUAACCUGUACACCAAAAAUGAAACUUGAAAACUCAGAGUGUUAGAGGUUUUGAAAACGUCGGAAGGCAGGCCAUCUCAGUUCUACCUUCUACUUAGGAGACGAGCAAAAUUAACGCGACACACCCAUAUCUUGCUUUGUUUUAUAUAAAAUUCGUAUUCCGUGAAACCGGAUCUAGACGGAAACUUAGUCCGGAAACUUAGUGGCACAACCAUUCUAAAAUGCUGAACCACACUAUCUGUGAUUUAGACACCUACUUAAAAUUAUGGAUUAAAACUUUGAAGCUAUUGUUUUAAUUUCCGGCGGGUAUAUUUAUAAACAUCUACCAAAAAUAACCACCAUAUUUUUGCAGGAAUUUUUGAUAGCUUUUUUUUUUUUCUUUUCAGUAUUCCAACUAGGAUUACGGUGUAUUGCGCAGAAAUUAGAUUAUUAAACAAUUAAUCUUCCACUAACCGAUGUACGGUCGCUACAAACAUGUUCUUCGAAUUCGCACACGCGCGUGUGUUUGAACAACCGCAGGAAAUGCAUUGUGUACUAAUUAAAUAGCUACAGUUUCAAGAACUGAGCCAUGUGAAUUGCAAGCGUUCAAUAGGUUUCCACAUUUACUUUAACUUACAAUAGCUUUUCCGGUUUGGUAAAAUACUUUAGGAGUCAAGAAAACCUAGAUCUUGGCCGACUCAAGUUUGUAUUUUUUUUUUAUCCUUUCGACUCGAGAUAUUUCCAUAGUAACUCUCAAGUAAUCCACAAAAACGCGAACAAAAUUGUUUUAUGAGCUAUCUUUUUGGACAGAAGAGUGGAUUUGGAUGAAAUCGUGAAAUCGUGAAAUCUUGGCAAUGUCCUGGUGAAAAAAGCUUCUAAUGUACAGUCAGUAAUUUUGCGCAUUUUAGAGAGUUACUUUUUGCAUAGAAGAUGGUAACAGAACAUAAUAAAUGGUAUUCAGAUCAGCAAACCGUACACUGCACACCGUCGUAAAAUCUGGUGUCUGCUUAAUGAUGCUUUUGUUCUUCGCACGUACAUCAUUGUUGUCUUUAAUCAGUUGAUAUAAAGAGGCUGCUAGGAAGAAAAAUGCAGAGAUAAUUUUUAGAUUUCUGUAGCAAGUUUUGUUAGUAAUUAUUACACUGUAAGUUAGUUACAAGUUCUUUUCUUAAUCGGGAUCCCUGGCGAUUGUUUUGGAAAACGGGCUUACAAGAUAAUUAAAUCGCUCUUGGAAUAUCUUGGAGUAAAUUAAAUGCGGAGAUCGCAGAUAAGAAAAAAACCACUUCGAUUUACUCAAGGGAGUUGAGCUACAAUCAAAGCCAAUCUGCAUGGAAACUGCCAAAUGCGAUUUCUUUCCUUGUACAAUUGAAACAGCCUGAACGUAAUUAAUUUUGCACUUUCAAAUGUAAACUUUGUCCGACCUUUCGGCCAUGUUGGCGCGUAAUGUUUGCAUUUCCCCGCGAAAGACAAUCGUGGCCUCAUACAUCAACAACAAUGUAUUGUUGACAAUGUGUAAACAUUCGCAGCCUGUAAAGUGGCACCAGAACCUCUUUCAAUCAAAUCCCGGCUGUUUUUGCAUAAAUAAUGCGACGCGGUUAUUAAGUAGCGUAGACGCGACGAAAUCCCGAGUAAAUCUUGUUUUGUUGAUCAUCGAACGUGGAACUCACGAGAAAGGUACGCGACGCGAGACGCCUGUGUGAAUUUCAAGUCAAGCAGAGCCAAACUAGUUUCCGUUGCAGUAGAUUAUUAAAUUCCUUGUAAAGAAGUAUCGCAGCUAAGGAAACAUUGAAUGAAUUUGACAGUGUACCGGACCGCGGGCCUGUUGUUCCAGCAGAACAAAGCGGCAAAAGUUGGAUUGUGAAGUCAGGAGCUGUCAUUUCGGACAGGGGUGAGUUUUCCAAUGUUGUGCAGGCUAACCGCAGUUCAAAAACUACGCUGAGACCCGCUGCUUUUUUCGAAGCGCAAAAUUUAUAUACAAAGUAUACAUUCUUGCGGUUGUGAACUUCAUAACAGACCAUUCUUUUUGUAGUGUAUUUCAUUCACAAAGCACAGCAAGGAUAAUUUGGUCCAGUGAUUACUCUAUACAUCAAAGUUUUCUACCAGUCUUUAAUUUAAUAAUUCGACUCCUACUCUUUACUUGAGUAAAGAGGUCCAGCGCAACAAAGCUGAACUACCUCCAAGAACAAUUGUCUCGAAAUUGAGCGAAUCUUGCGAAGAAUUAUAACUCGUUCUUGUUAUACACGCUCAUGAAUAUAGAGUAACGUUUAUUGAAAUUCUAACGUGUACGAUUAAUUUGUAAAAUAAAUAGAUAAAGUCGAAGCGAAGUUUGCAGAGGAAAGGGUCCGUAGCUGGGAGAGAGAGACAUUUGUUAGCAUUCUAAUAGUUUUUCAGGCUGCCUUAGUGAUAUAUUAAUGCGGAUAUGGACUACAGAUCUAACGUAAGGCAAGGUAGUCAGUUUAAUACAACAUUCUAGGUUGUCCUUCAUUGACAAUCUUUAAAGCAAGAAGUUUGGCUGCAAUUGAGUUUCCAGAUGAUGCUUGUAGACGCAAUAGAUACAGUUCCCUACGUGCGAGGCAGCGCUGUUUUAAGUAUUCGCUAAUCGACUUAAUUUAUUUUACCAGCGGGAGAAUUGUGCCGGUUGUCUAAACACAGAUUACUACACGGAAUCGAGUAUUGCUUUUUAAAUGUAACAGAAAGUUGGUUCAUUAAAUGGCCAACACGAUGCUUAUUUGAGCAUAUGCUCUGAGUGAUGUGUUGAAAGAUAGAACCUGCAAAACGCAUAGCGCUUGAAGUUUUCAGCUAGAAAACAGCAAGCUAUGUCAAAGAUGCAGCGAAAAUUGAUUACAGAAAUAGGAUUUCAAGGGAAUGUAACGGUUGGUGUACAUCGCCUCCCUUAUUCUUUACUUCCAAAGUUUAUAUUUUAACUUAAACCCGCGCCUCCAUCUUAUAACUUAUCUGCCCUGGCCAGGUCAAAUUCUCGAAUAUUUGUUUUUUCAAAGCUAGGAGUCCACAGAAACUUAAAACGUAGGGUCACUGACAGGAAAUAUAGACAAAGAUCGAAUAAAGCUGGCUCGAAAGUUGUCAUCAACGAAAAGUAAUUACAUUGUAUUAUAAAUACCCAAGAGGGGCAAAAUGUUUAUUUUGUCAAGGAGAGUUUGCUGUUUUUCACCGCCUAUUGCAUAAAUUGCUCUACCAGGUCCCUGUUGUUUAUUAUUCUAAACCGCGGAGCUUGAGGGCUUUAUUAUUUUCGUUCACUUCCACGUCAUUUUUGUGGCUUAAUCUUCUUUAUGAGAAACCCAUUAAUCCGAUAUCUGAAUUAUGACGUGUCGCGCGAAACGAUGCUAGCUGACGGUUUUCCAUUUCGCGCGACAAAGAAUCAAUUGCAGCUCACUGCAGUUCUCAGUAUUAAUGUUAGAUAGUUGCCAGUUUAUCGCAUUGUUGGCAUCUCUAAACGAAAUUAAUUUCUAAAUCUCUUUCUGUUAAACAUCCGGUUGCAGAAUAUUUGAACAAAUAUCUCUCCUCAAUGGCGUAUUGAAGCCGGCCAAAUCACUACCGCAUGGAUGGCCACGAAUGAAAGUCUAUACACAUGUUAUCACACGGAGUGCCCAGUUAUCGAUAAUGUAGCUUGCCGCUUUCUUUAGGCUUUCGACGUAGCUUUUUAUAGAAAACGGACUUAUCGCUUUUCAAUUCACUUAUCUUAGAUUUCUGAUAAGAGAAUCUGCGCUAUAAAUAAAUUAAAAUGAAUUAUUGAGGUCGGACCGGUCGAUUCUGAGAUUAAGCGGUAAACUUUUUUCUUAUUUAUAAAAGACUAUUCAGUUGUUGUUGUUUUUUUCUUCCUACGAUACGAUGUUUAGGAUUUAUUAAAUUGACCUUAAAAUAUUUUAAUUUGUGCUGAGUGCAUUUCCUGCAUGAUUGACCACCUUCCUUUCAUGGAGCGAUUUUUCAGUGACCAACUCGAGCAUAAAAACCGCAAAAUCGCGACGUUUCUUCAGUUUGUGUAUAACAAAAACCGCACUGACGAAGAAAUCAAAUCGUUACUAACCUUUAGCCGGUUUUCCAGGCUUUUUUUUUUUUUCGUUUAGUUCGGUGGAAACUUGUGCCUACAGCGGCCAUUAUAAAAGUAAAAAACACCAAUUUUUGAGAAAAAAAUACUGGAAAAUAUGGCCGUUAAACUCAUGUGAGCCUGCGUUUUAACGCUAACAGAGAGCAAAGGAAAUGGCAGACAACAUAUUCGGUGAAAUGUCGAAAUUGCUUUGACCUUAGGAAGGACUUAGAAAUUUAAUUAACGGAUAACUUGAAAAUUGAUCGAGAAGAAAUACGGAAACGAUUAAGCAAACGAAGGUAUAUUGUGAUUUUCAUUUUUAAGAGGGAUUAAACAUAUAAUAUGAGCAAUACCAAGCCGCGACAAUGAUACAUUUUGGAAUAAAUUAAGCAAAUGAAACAAUGGACCCACGGAAAAUUCACUGUCUUCACUUGUGGCAAUGUGUUUCCGAUAUGAAAAACCUUCGUUCAGAUUUUUUGCAUUGUAAGGAAAAAAAUGUUAAGAAAGCCUUUGAAAUCGCGCCAAUACUAACAUACGAUAUAAUAUUGAAGGAGAUAAGAAACGCAGGAAGCUUUACUGAAAAAGUCAUUAAAAAAUUAACGACUUAAUCUUCUCGCCAAAAAAAAAAGGUCUUGACUUAAAAUUUUAAAAUCCGAAAUUUGAAAAUAAAGGAAAAGUUAUGAGCAAACUGUAACAAGAAUUCCAUGCUCGCUUUGCCGGAAAAAGAGCGUCUCUGUUCAUAAACCGCUUAUUACAAAAGGCUUUGAAGAAACAAAACCACAAAGAAAAUGGCCUAGUAAUUUAGGGAAAGGCUAUCAAACAUGUUCGCCACAUUGUCGCGAAAUACCUUGAUGGAGGUCGCCAACAAUUGAUUUGUUUAUUUAUUUUCUAUUUUUUAACUGUGCAUAUUUCUCACAUUAUUGAGAGAAUUUUUGUGGUGAAUAAGUCGAACCCACAAGGUGGUUCAUUGUCCGCCGGGCUUUUCCGCUUUAAAAGGACGUCGCCUGCUUGCCAACUGUAAAAAUACUUUUCCAAGGAUCUCGUUUUAAUUACUGGGAAAUCAAAUAUUUAAACGGAAGCCACAAAUCAGGUAAAUCCAACCUGUAAUACUGAUAAAUCUGCUUUUGGGAUAAGCACACAUUAAAGUUGUUACUGAAAAACCACAAUCGACGACAAAGUCGAUCCAGGGGCCAGUGUCAGUGUGGGCCGUGUGGGGAACGGUAGACCUUUGACUGCAUACCAGCAUUGGGUAAAUCCAAACCAUGUACCUCCAAAUUAAACUGUAACAUAACAGGCCAUAAUAGUGGAAUUGAUCAUCUCAUGGAAAGCAUCUUGAUGCAGAAAACUCAUCGUUCAUUAAGAACUCCGCAGUAGUGACCGAGAGUUUUGUAAAAGUAUUCUCAACCUUUGUUUUGUACCUAAAUAAUCCAUUUUAUAAAGUUUAAAGUUAGGUAGUCUGAAUUCUCAAUUUAGGAAAUUUUCAUCCAGGUUGCGUCCACACAGAAAUGUUAAUCUUGGCCGAACGUCACAUGUCGGGUACAUCACAAGAGAAAUAAAGGCUAGGAAUGCGCAGACAGCAUCAUACUUCAUAACCUUCAUAUUUGCGCCAACUCGUGAAAUAUCGCACUGCAUUGUAAAUUACAUAACUGAAAUAAAGAAGAAUCAGUGAGUCAAACCGAAAUGCAUGCGUAUAAGAAAAAAGGAUAGAGAGAAAGAGAAAUCGAGAGGGAGAGCCUUGCUAGUUUAGAUUCCGAGGAACUCAAAGAAUUGGGCGUUUCUCUGUUAUUUCAACGCUCUCUAGCUGAGUAUGAUCACCACAGGACAGAAGACAACACGCACUCCUAAAAAAAGAAUCGUGUCGUAUUUAGUUGUAUAAGGUGACCUUUCAAGUGCAAAGGGAGAGCAAAUUGCAGUAAUUUCAAUUAGCCCGCUACGCACUCAUUUCAUGACAUACACACUGCAGUCACUCUCUCAGUACCUCAUGCUGCCGGCAGACCACAAACAUAAUAACGUUGACCGAAAACGCCGAUUUUAAUCAGAUAAAAGCACGUUCCUGAUCGCCAUGCCCUGAUUAUAUGGACAUCUUAAAAAAGUUACAGAAAAACCGAGAAAAGAAAUGACUUUAAUUAUAUGCAUGUAACGCGAGCGUCAGCGAAAUUUCGAUUGUAAUUAAUGCUAACUCGCAUCCGAGAUCAAAAUAUUUCUUCUUUUUACAGAUUGUCUACCUUUUUGUUAAAAUUGUCUCGAUCUGCCAGUUUGGUGUGAAACAAUGCUUCUUCCUAGUUUACUAAUGUAUGAUUUUUCUCUUAUUCACUUUUAUUUUUACUCAUUGUUGAUAUUUCAAUGCAAUCGUGGACUGCGAGAUGUUAAUCGUAAGAAUGAUUUCCAGUGAAGGUAAAGUCGGGAGGCUCGAAAAGAUUAAUUAAUUGCUGAAAUCUUACAUGUGAAGGAUCGUAAAUUAUUCUAAACAGGAACCGUAGAUUAUUUCAAGGUAUAUUAUGAAAAAUAAUACAUGUAUUCCUAGCAACUGAGUUGUAAUUCCGAGCUCGGUUUUCAUGAAAGGUUUACAUAAAAGAGUAACGUGGACCUGUGUGUGUCAAAUACUGGACGCCAUUACAUUGAGUCUCGUCUUGUGUAUUGCUGUAGUUUUCUUGAGAAUUUUGUAGAGUAAUCAUAAAUCAGUACUUAUCUGUGCGAUGUCUGUUUUGGCGUUGCCUCGGGCUAUAUUCCAGUAUGACAUAUACGAAGUUCAUUAUCACACAGUUGAGGUUCAUUGGCGAUUAUUAUACGCCAAAUCUCGUUCCCAGGAUCUUCUCGGCGUUAAAUCUAUGAUGCGGAACUGAACGUCACAUUGGAUUUUAACACCAAGAUAACCUAGUGGGACGCAGUUGACAGGUCAGACGCACGCUCAUAAAUCAUUAAGGAUAGUGGUCAUCACUGAGGAGUUUCACGAGCGUAUGUAUUUUUCGUUUUGGACCAAAACCAGCUUUGUGCAUUUGCAAAAUUGCGUAUAACUCUGGCAAAACCAAAGACGAAUGUAAUCAAAUCUAGCCAAUCACGGCAAGCGUCAUUGACGAGUUGACCAAUAGGAAGUUGAGGCGGAAAAUGCAACCCGAGUCAAGCGCGGGAAAACGCACUCAUGCCAAGUUACGAUUGGCUAGUUUAGUUUAGCUCCUGCUUGGUUCGACUAACAGCACACGCAGGGCAUUUCUAACCAGUAAGAUCUCUCAGCAAGCGCCAUGCAUUUUCAACAUUCAUUUGAGAACAGCCUUCACAAUAACAAAGCCAGAAACGACAUUCACACCCUCGCAAGGUUAAAUACAUUCUGCAUAGUUUGGGCAAGUUAACGUUUCUAAUCCAAGACAAUAACAACCCAUUUCCAUAGAUCUAAAUUCCUUUUGAUGAAGAAGAUAAAAGGAAAAAAACAAUAUAAAUUUAUAAUCACGGUCUCAGACUCCAAAAACUCACCAAGUCAUUUUUGUUGUCUGACAUAAGCUUUCAAGCAUUUAUGUCUGAGUCCUGUUAGCUUUGAUCGCUAUCGAAGCAGCUACAUUUAUAAAUGGGACUAUUGUUCAACGACAGACGUUUUAACCCAUUUUCUGUCACGAUUGCGGUGAUUUCUUGUCCAAGCAGAAACUAAAAGAGGAUCUAAAACCGAUCAGACUCCAGAAAUGUUUAGAUCUUUUCGACUCUUUAACAAUACCGAGAUCCAGAAAUUCGAAAGGAUUCACAGGACGUCUGAAUCGUGAUUUGCAUGGACCUUUUUACCCCUACAUAUAGCUAGUGGGAAAUGUUGACCUGUCGCAUCAAAUCCGUUGUAUUUAAACUUCUUUAGGGAUUUCCGAUCGCUGAUGACCUAUUAUAGUUUUUACGAAAUGUUUACACGAAACAUCAGCAUGAUCAGUGUUAUUCAUUUGUUGCCUUUUAAUAGACUUUCUUUAAAGAGUUCCGGCGAGGAUGAUCGAAAAAUAAAAAUAAAAAUAAUUAAAUAAUAAUUCCCUGAAGUGUGGAUUAACGGCUUUAGAAAAGCAACAAACAUGACAUGGAACUGAAAAAUUUUCGAGGUAUGCAAACUUAAAUGGCUGUGUAUCAUUAUCUGUCUAUCUAAGCUGUAAAGUUGCCUACAAAACUAUUCUGUCUUCGAGUGACGUUGUGAUAAAUUCUGUGACAGUAAUGGGAAUACUUUGACUAUAAUUUCAAAAUGCGUAACGUAAAAUGUUGGACUUUGCAAUAAAAGCAACCCGGGCUUAAACUGAUAAAAUAGAAAUCUAAUACAUCAACAGGGAUUAAUGUUAGGCCUAUUUAGAAAGAUGAGUCUUUAAGCUUCUCAGUGAUCAUAUCAAUCAAACAGGUGUUAAGGAAUUCCAAAUCGUGGGUGCAGCAAUGGAGAAGGUUCUGAAUCCACAAAGGUGUUUACAUAUUGCAUCAAGAAGUGGAGCGUUACUUCCUCCAUGCAGCGAUUAAAAAACAAAGAUUUUCUAUUUCCGCUGACCUAUUCCCGUGUCCUUUUUGUGUUCUUUCCAGGGCUGACGCCCGCUAGUUUUGAAAUUUUCCUGUUUUAGAUUACGUAAUAGUGUUUCGUCUGAACAACAAACUGCCUGUAUCACUGAAAAGAAUGUCUUGAGGUCAGCCUUCAAAGACCUCAAAGCCAGUAACAUAAAUGAAACUUAACAGAUAUAAUGUCAGUUACAUAACAUUCUCGCAAGCCUCGGUCCCUAUCCUGGGGAAUUUUUGAUGCGGUCGUAAUAUUAGAGGCCCGAAGAAAUUAGGGACAGUUUCAUCGGGGUAAACCAAAAGUUCAGUUACCUUUAAAGAUGGUUAUUUUAUAAAUUCAAAUUUGUAGACAAUUUAAUCAUCUUCGAUCUUGUCGACGAAUAGCUUGUCACGGUUAAAACGAUUAUUUGCUUUAAUCCGGCACGGGUUUGGCGUGUGCCCACCCUCUUGGGCAACCUUUUUUCGCCCAUCUUAACCCGAAUUCACUUCAGUGUCGUUAUCACGAAGAUUACAAUAACGGCAAACGCCUCGUGACGUCAUCACCGUGUUGCAUGACAUUCAACGACAACAAAGUUCAUAUACAGUAAAUAAAUGUUGAAGGUGUAUUUGGAAUACGCGGUUAAGCACAAUCACCGUGGCCAGAUUUUGUGGGACAACGUUGAGAGAUUUUAAUCUUCAAGAACCAUUCAAAUUCGGUUGGAACCAAGCUGCUGAGAUCGGUUGCCCCCUCGCGUCCAACGGUGGUUAGUCAUUGCUACUCUUUUUUUCAUGUUGACUAUUCUUAAUUAUCAAAUACACUCUCUCACAAAUCACUCUCUCCUUAAAUGUGAAUGAACGCAAUGGUUGACAACAACAACAACUUGAAAAAUUCAUGUGCAAAUGUAGGAGGGUGAUAAGUGCAAUGAAUGGAACGGCAACUGCAACCUUGAUUCAGACUCUGGGAAGUGUAGCAUCGUUAAUUUUCACGGCGUGGAUGUAAACUGCAGGACAUAACAGGAGAAUAGAAGUCGGUGUUUUCGCGACAAAUACCAUUUUCUUAAAGAGGGCGUUCUCUUAAGGAAAACAUAGCGAUCAUUGCAGCCUCGAUUUGUCGCAGGUUUUGCGCUAUAAUCCGCUAAAAAAAAACAACGACAACAAAACGAGGAAAAAAGAAAACGAAAUACGUGCGUAGAGAAGAGGGUAUCUGUUUUUAAUAGUUUAAGGUCAUGUCCUCGGAGUUGAUAUCUUGAAACAGCAAGAGCCUUCGGAAAUGUUCCAAGGACUUUUUUGGCUUGGGAGUAAAUCUUUUCAUCUGUAAAAUAGGGAAUUAAUCUACCAUUAUACUGCCGCCAAAAAGAACCAGUUAAAAUUCUCAUGAGUACAAAAAGGACUGAGGAAAACAAAGAGAAGAAAGAUUGCCUUUAGAAAUGAAUGAAAGAAUGUGAAAAACAGGUCAGGGAGGUCACCACAAGACACUGUGACGAAUUGUAAGCUAAUUUGUUCUAUGAAAAUUGUUACAUGGAUAUCUUGAGAGCAAGAACAAAACACAACAAAACGUGCAUCGUUUUUGCAGCUGUUUGUUUUUGGUAGCUUCUGCGACAUGGUAAAAACAAGAAUUAUUUUUCCACUUUUGCAUACUCUAUUUCAAAUUCUGUUGACUGGCGACCACAUGCGCACGAACUCACUGAAACUCCAUUGUGUGUCACUACAGGCUAGGGACGUACUACGUGUAAAGUCUUUGACGCCGACAUGUGAGCAAAACCUGCCGGCGGGUAAAUAGAAAGCUAAACAAUUCAAUCUGCCUUUGAAUUCCUAGGCGCGAACAGGUGGAAACUUUCAGGUGGUCUAAACGAUAUUUUUUUUUUUCCAAAAGGAAUGCUCUAAGUUAUAAGGGUCCCUUUCUGAUUGUUUUGUGACUGGAUUUACGGGCAUCGAGACAGAUGACAAAUCAACUCAGACAAGAAUAAGAUUCUUCUAUUAAAAACUUAAUUAAGAUAUGAUAAUCAGUAGUUAAUUAGGUUAAUUGGAACUUGCUUCAAUUUCAAUUUGUGAGAGACUCUCUUAAAACCCGCGCAUGAAGUAAUGCAAGCUACACUUAAGCAGACUCGACGAACAACUUUUAUCAGAAACACGCCAUACAACGAUAUGAAAGAUUCUUUUUGUCUUCAAAACAGCAAACCCCAUCGCGUGAGGUUCCGCACGAGACAGUCAGUGGAUUUUGUUUUGCCAACUGAUAAAGAUCAUAGAUUAGAAGCAAGUGCUGUUAAGGAGAUGAUAACAUCUGCACGGAAGAAAUAACACAUACACUGAAAGUACAACCAAAGUGACAAAGACAUUUGAUCAGCGACUAGCCAUAACUACAUUCUUUUGUCAUGAAUGUUUACAGUACUGUUUCACUUCGUAGAAAUCUUGUGUUUGGUUAGAAACAGUUGCGAUAUGAGUUGCUAGUGUACCAUAAGCACGUAUUCUAAGCAAUUUCGAAAUACAGUAAAUAACGUUCCUAGUGAUAUCUUUGAUGUGGUAGACUGUAAGCAUAAAGACUCUUCUCAGCUUGCAAUAGCUUUACGUUUUGAAAUACAGACAAAUUUGUGCUACAAAAAAAGAUCACCAUGGUUUGAGUUCGAAUUGAUGCAAAGAAACCAGAAGAUUUUUUUUUUAACAACGACAAGACUGAAAUUCUUUGAUUAAUAUCAGCCCUAAAUGUUAUAGAGCUGGUAUAUGUUGGUUAACACGUUUCACUAUGAUUUAUUACACUUUAAAACCUUUUUUGAAAUUGGAGGUUUAGACUUUCUAAAAUAGUGCUCCUAAACAACUUAAUGCAAGAGUUUAAACAAGGUUUUCAUCUCGAUUUUGACGUAAUUACAGCCGUAUCAAGAGAACGUGACUGUACAAAGCUGUCCUAAAAAUAUCACUGCUCAUAGUAAGAUAAGUAUUACCGGUCUAUUUUGAGAUCAAAGAACUAAAAAGGCGUUACGGGUGUACUGUAAUCUUGAUAAACAGUUGACAACUUUAGCGGAUGGAUUCACAUUGUGGGCGGCUGGAAAAAAUAACUUUUGAGCUGCUAUGUCGACGCCAAUAAUGCAAAGCAACUAAGGCUUUGAUAGGAAUUAAGGUUGUCAGGAGCCCUCAAGUUUGCUUUGCCAUCUUACUCUUUCGUCUCUCAAACAGAUCGCAACUCCGCCAGAAAAAACACACGCAAGAUGAAGAUCGGUGUGGUUGCUUCUCUGGUGUUUGCGGCAUGUAUGUCUUCUUGUUUGGCGUUCGACUGCCCGAGACAGUGCACUUGUGGCGAGACUAUUCGAUGCAGGGUACAGGACUUGACGAUCUUGAAGAAAAUUUUACCAGCAAACAUCACACGGCUUGAUUUAUCGUCUCACGACAUACGCCAAAUUCCGCCAGGAACGUUUGAGAACUUCACUUCUCUUCGAUACUUAUCUCUUGCAAACAACUCUAUCAGAUUUCUUACGAGGCAAUCCUUCCGUGGACUUCGAAACCUACGAGAAUUGAAUCUGAAAAACAAUGGGCAACUAAAAUUAGAUGAAGACGUUUUCGACAGUCUCCCCUCUCUACGGAUAAUCGGCUUGGAUGGAAAUAAUCUGAAAAAUCUUCCUGAAGGACUUCUCAACAGAUCACACACUGUCAAUGUGUCAAUUGACAGACAACAGGAAAAUGUCCAUUGCGACUUCAGCAAAAAACCCAGAGAGCAGUGUUUGGAGAGCGAUUAUCCCGUCUGUAGCGAGGCUAUGGACAUGAAAGAAGAUGUAGUCAAGCUGUCGCCUUAUCCGAAACAUUCUUGCGUGCUUGCAAGCUGCGAAAACAAGCAAAAGAAGGUGAAAGUAAUUUGUGUGGCUUCGAAAUCGUUUGCCAAUAAUACGUGUUGGCCAGGAAUGAUCGGAGACAACACGGGCGUCAAGCUUGCCUUGUGGACGUUCGGGCUUCUCGCCGUUGCUUCAAAUCUCCUCGUCUUAUUAACUUUACUAUGCAACAGUGUAGUUCGCCGAGCUCCUCUGUGCAUUUUCGUCAUGAAUUUACUGUUGGGAAACAUUUUAAUCGGCACACACAUUGUCAUAGUAACUGUUUCAGACACUGUUACAUACGGGGACUCGUCCGAGUGCCAUCAAGAACUAUGGGAAGCCAAAUUGUGUGUACCGCUGUUCAUCAUCAAGUACAUCGGGCUCAUGGUGGUUGUGCUGUCGCUUGUUCUCGUCACAGUGGAGAGGUUUUUGGUUGUUAUAGUGAAAUCACCGCGUUAUAUUGACACGUGCAGAGCAGUGGGUUACGUAUUCGAGAGUUGGAUAUUCGCAACUAUUGCCACAGUUGUAUUGUGGACUAAAGCGGGAAACUGGGGCUAUCUUUGUUCCACGUUCGCUAGUGGCCAAUCCUUCACAGACAUUGACAGAGGAAUAAAUUUAUCACUCGUGGCCGUCUGUGUAGUACUCAUAUGUUUACACGCGUUCAUGAUAUGUCGAACUAAACUCAAAGAUCGCGUAGUUGCAGUGACUGUGGACUACAGAAACACCGUUCGCAUGUUUCUUCUAGUUUUAUCUACGUUCUUUACGUGGGCAAUUCCGUACAUGUUGUUGCUUUUCACCGUGCCGCGAAUAAUACCUGAAACAGAUGCGAUGCAGACCAUGGCAAUCUCGUUAUCUUUAAAUGCUUGCUUACACACAUUCUUAUACGCUUUUGAUAACGACCAUUUGGAGAAUCUCUACAGCGCUUUGUCCUGUAGGAAAGAAGAACAGAAAGAGGACAUCUUAUCGACUGAUAAAAGGAAAGAAGCUGACAAGGAUUUAGAAAUGGGCCCUUUGCCUACCAAGAAAUCACUGGAGUCAUUGUCGGCUGUGAAAGUGACUAGUCCACAAGGACAAGACACUUGUAUGAGAGUUUUACCAGUCACUGAGCUAAAACAUGGAGUGCAGCAACAAAGAAGAGGAUCAGAACUUUCUAAAGCCGAGGGCGCCGUUAUAAUCACAAAUAAAUCUCCCACUAACUCUCGACACGGAGAAGCCAUUGUUUUCUUACAUUCAGCUCCAUCGUCACCGAGCACUUCUAGAGGCGUCCGAGUACACGAAGAAGGCGUCAGCGAGUGCGGUACGAUUUCAUCUGACACUAAUGUCACAUGGUUGAGCAGUGAGUGCCCAAGCGUGUCUCCAAGCUCCCCGAAUGCGCUUUUGAAAAUCAAUGACGGAAAUUCGACAAUUUCUAGUGAAAUUUCCUCAAUUACGCCGAGUAAAUCUCCUUCAAACCCUGGCAGUCUACAACACCCUAAAAGAAGGCCCAACUCUGUAGAGAAAGACGCAAAGCGACACAGGCUAUCGAAGGGAGGAACAGGCACUUUAUUAGAUCAGUGCGAUGCCGAGGAAAUAAAAGGCGAAAUUAGCAAAGAUGAAAAUCAAAACACGAAACGAGAUCGGAGAAUGAGCCCCGUCCGUGAUAUCAUUGUUCGGGUUCUUUCACCGAAACUUAAAAAGAGGCCGAAGACUCUCGAUGGAGUUCCGACGAACGAAUCCAAAGCCGAAGAGCGACCCCCUUACAAAAGGACUAAAUCGCUCUUAGAAGGAAAAGAAGCCGAAGAUUUGAACGGCAACCUCGACAGCAGGAAUCCUCUAAGACCGCUUUCGCCUGUGCGUCUUCGGAACAAAAAGGCCAAGGAACGCUCCAAAGACAAACGUAACGGCGUCUUGGUAUUUCGCGCCGGGUCGGACGGUUUAGAAAUUCACGAGGGCGUUACGUCACCAACUUCGUCGAGGGCCGCAAUGUGUGCGGAGCAAACAGAAAAAGACGGACCCAGCUCUCCUAAGUCUGCUAAUAAAGCGACGGACUGGGAGAGACUGGCGACUUUUUUAGUCAUCAAACCAGUUGCUCCGAAAUCUAAAAUUAAAAUUAACGAUAAAGAUAAAAAGAAAGCAAGACACAGUCUGCCAGAGACGGCACUGAAGACGCCAGAAAGGGUCAGAAUUUAUGAGAAUCCGGCGAUAAGUUUGGAAAGCGACCCAGCGUCACCCACUUCUGAAACCAGAUGUACGUCACCCCAAUCUCCAAGCAAACGCCUCGCAAAGCUUGAGGAGGGUGAUAAACUCACCGACUUACCGACUGGACUAAAGCAGAAGAAUCGUAUUAGCACCGCUUCUACUGUUUCACGCGUAUCGAAAUCAAGCUUAGAAUGGGACCCUUCCUGCGCUUAUGAAUACGGCGAUGAAGAAGUCAUGCCUCCGCCGCCACCCCCACCCCCUCAACCAAUUCCCGACCUACCCCCAACACCUCAACCGAGUCCCGGGCCCGAGAGAAAGGCAGACUCCGCUGACCAUGUGGAAUGCGUUCAAGUCAGACUUGACCCAGCUAAUCGAUACAGCCUCGAGUGGGAUCCGACUGGUGUGCAAAUGAGGCUGAGUGUUAUUUCGCAGGACUCCACAGCAGACGGCGGUAAAAACACUACCUCUUCACGACAGAAAUCGGAACCAGAACCAGAAUACGUAUAGAGCGGUUUUCACUUGAGUGUCGAAAGUAAUUCACAUUCGUAUUGGUGUUGCGUUACUAUGCUUAGCGAUUGGUUUAAAGAGCUCGCACCACAUUUCAACCAAUGAAACGCUAAACCACACCCAAUCGUGACUUGCCCGCAUGCGUUUUCCUGCGCUUCGCGCCAGCUUCAUGUAUCUGCUUAAAGUUUUGAUUGGCUCACUAGAUUGUCCUUGGUGACUGGCUUAAGUGAUAACUUUGGUUUUGGCUUUACGGCACUCAAUUGAAGACCGCUCUAAUGAACCGUUAUUGGGAAAAAAGAGCACACAAUAGAUAAUAGAUAAUAGAUUAUGACAUAGUUAAUAGAGGGGAAUGGUUAUGAAACUCGACAAAGUUCUUACUUGUAUGUUUUCGUUUGGUUUUUCGGUCUUAACCGUACACAAAACACAAUAGUUUGUUUACUACUGAUCGAGGAACUAACCAGGUUUGGUUACGUAACUCAUGCAUCAUUGUAUGAGCGCAAAACAAAAGAUUGUGCACGGUCGUGGACCGUCUAACAUAAAUCUUGGCAUCUUUGUUUGCUCCUUUGAUGUUCGCCGGGCUUCAUAUGAUUAUGAUAAAGGAAGGUGCUCUGUCAUUCGGUACAAUUAUUUUGAGAAGCUGAGGAAACUUAGCUCGAUCACAGGCGACCCAACAAUAAUUCUUUCAUUUUGUAGUGGCGUGAAUGGCAAGAAAUAGGAAGCCAUUUGGAAGUGAUCUCGAGUAACAAUAGCCAUACAA